CCUUUUCUUUUCUUUUUUUUUUUUUUUUUUUUUUUUUUUGGCCUCACCUAGUUUUUAUUUUCAUUAUUUUUACCCCCUCUCACUCAGACCCCUUUAGUGGACACCGUGACUCAAUUUCUAACGACUAAAUUGUCCUCUUGUACCGUUAACACUUAUUUAAAGCUCGCUUGUUUGAAAUUUGUUUUCGCCCUGACGUGAUUUGAGAACAGUCCGGAGUUUGACGUCUUGAAGCUAACCGGCUAACAGCGCGAGAAGAAAAGUGACAUCAUCGAAGGAAAACUUCACCUGAGAUUGAAACUGUCGGCGGAACACACCGUGGAUUCCCGUUGUACUUCAGGAAGGUUUUGGGCCCAAACGGAAAACUUUGAGAGAAACUUUUUUUUUUUUUUUUUUUUAAUCUCCGUGCUGGUUUUGAACAGCCGGUGAUUAGCAUGCUAAACAGGUGCGGCUAGUCUAAAGACGAAGGGGAUUCGGAUUUUUUUAUUAGUUUCUGUUUGUGUAUUUUUUUUACCUGAACUUUUGGAUCUUUGUCUCUCUUUUUUAAGUGGUGCUAAGAGCUGAUUGGCCAGUGGUUGCCAUGGCGUCUUCGGUGAAGGUGGCAGUUCGCGUGCGGCCCUUCAACAACCGCGAGACAAACCGUGCAGCGAAGUGUGUGAUCCAGAUGCAGGACAAGUCCACCUGCAUCAUCAACCCCAAACAGCCCAAAGACACACCCAAGAGCUUCACUUUCGAUUACUCGUACUGGUCACACAGCACAGAGGAGGACCCGUGCUUUGCAUCUCAGAGGCAGGUGUAUUUGGACAUCGGAGAAGAAAUGCUGCUUCACGCCUUCGAAGGCUACAACGUCUGCAUCUUUGCGUAUGGCCAAACCGGAGCAGGAAAGUCCUACACCAUGAUGGGCAAACAGGAACCUGAGCAGCAGGGCAUCAUCCCACAGCUCUGUGAAGACUUGUUCAAACGAACCGCGGAAAACAACGACGCAGACCUGUCCUACUCUGUUGAGGUUUCGUAUAUGGAGAUUUACUGUGAGCGUGUGAGGGAUUUGCUGAACCCGAAGAGUAAAGGCCCUCUAAGAGUCAGAGAACAUCCCAUCAUGGGGCCUUACGUAGAGGAUCUGUCCAAGAUGGCCGUCACCAGCUACAGCGACAUCGCCGAUCUGAUGGACUGCGGCAACAAAGCCAGGACGGUGGCCGCUACCAACAUGAACGAGACGAGCAGCCGCUCUCACGCCGUGUUCACCAUCCUGUUCACACAGAGACGCCACGACCAGAUGACCAACCUCGACACCGAGAAGGUGAGUAAGAUCAGCCUGGUCGACCUGGCAGGAAGUGAAAGAGCAGAUUCAUCCGGGGCAAAGGGCAUGAGGUUAAAGGAAGGUGCAAACAUCAACAAAUCUCUCACUACACUGGGCAAGGUCAUUUCAGCACUGGCAGAUAUGCAAAGCACCAAAAAGCGGAAGUCUGACUUCAUCCCUUACAGAGACUCAGUACUUACCUGGCUGCUGAGAGAGAACCUGGGGGGGAACUCUCGCACAGCCAUGAUCGCUGCUCUGAGUCCAGCAGACAUCAACUAUGAGGAAACCCUCAGUACACUCAGGUAUGCGGACCGGGCGAAGCAGAUCCGCUGUAACGCAGUCAUUAACGAAGACCCGAAUGCUCGUCUGGUCCGAGAACUCAAAGAGGAAGUGUCACGACUCAAAGAGCUGCUGCUGGCUCAGGGUCUCAGUGACCUGAUACCUGUUCCAGGAUCUUCUAUAGUGGGAGGUCCAGGCGUAUCCCAGCAGCCCCCUGUUCCUGGUGCCCAGAUUACCCAUGAUGCACAAAUGGAGGACCUCAACCCUAACCCAACCAGCCCAAUAAAACCAAUUAGCAAAGAGGAGGCUGUGGAGAGACUGAAGGAGACAGAAAAGAUCAUUGCAGAGCUGAACGAGACAUGGGAAGACAAACUGCGCAAGACCGAAUCUAUACGACUAGAGAGGGAGGCCCUGCUGGCGGAGAUGGGAGUGUCCAUAAGAGAAGACGGAGGGACUGUGGGUGUAUUUUCUCCCAAAAAAACUCCGCAUUUAGUGAACUUGAAUGAAGAUCCUUUGAUGUCAGAAUGCCUGCUGUAUUACAUUAAAGAUGGAAUAACCAGGGUAGGACAGGAGGAUGUAGACGUCCGUCUGAGUGGGCAGUUUAUAAAGGAGCUGCACUGUGUGUUCUGCAGUGAAGUGGAAGAUAAUGGGGAAGUCGUCGUGACUUUGGAGCCGUUACCCGGAGCGGAAACGUACGUCAACGGCAAACAGAUCACAGAAGGAGUCGUUCUCAGACAAGGUAACCGAAUCGUGAUGGGGAAGAACCACGUGUUUCGUUUCAACCAUCCCGAGCAGGCGAGGUUGGAAAGAGAGCGCAGUGCCACUCAGGACCAGCAGGGGGAGCAGGUGGACUGGAGCUAUGCACAGAAAGAACUGCUGGAGAAACAGGGCAUCGAUAUAAAACAGGAGAUGGAAAGAAGGCUGCAGGAUUUGGAGAAUCAGUACCGUAAGGAAAAGGAGGAGGCUGACCAACUGCUGGAACAGCAGAGACUGUAUGCAGAUUCAGACAGUGGUGAUGACUCGGAUAAACGGUCCUGUGAGGAGAGUUGGAGGCUUAUCUCAUCCCUCAGAGAGAAACUACCUGCCAACAAGGUGCAGUCCAUAGUGAAGAAGUGUGGUUUGCCGAGCAGCGGGAAACGCCGCGAGCCUCUGCGUGUGUAUCAGAUCCCUCAGCGACGGCGUCUUCCCGCCAGCCUCGAAACCAAACAGCACCCGAGUGUGGAGGAGCUGCGUACUCAGGCUGUUAAAGAGAUCUGCUAUGAGGUGGCCCUGGGAGAUUUCCGCCACACCCGCCAGGAGAUCGAGGCUCUGUCCAUCGUCCGCAUGAAGGAGCUGUGCAGGACGUAUGGACAGAGAGACCCUCAGGAGCGAGAGAGCUGGAGGAGCGUGGCGAGGGACGUGUGGAACACGGUGGGCAUCGGAGAGGACGAGACCGAGACGGAGGAGAAACCGGCCGGAGGGAAGGACAAGGGACCGGAGAGAAGGAAGACGGACAUGGGAGACCUGAAAGCACACAUCGAUAAGCUGACUGACAUCCUGCAGGAGGUGAAGCUGCAGAACAACAUGAAGGAUGAAGAGAUCAAAGCACUCAGGGACAGAAUGGUCAAGAUGGAGAGCAUAUUUCCUGUAGAGCUGCAGGGAGACGAAGAUCCCGUAACUGAUCCGGGCGGAGCUAGAUCCGAAGAGGGGGCGGAGCACGGUGGCUGGCACAGCGAGGACGAUGGUGGGUAUCGUCGAGGUCGUCACAGGUGGCAGUAUCCUGAUAAGUAUCAAGACAUCAAGCGUCGUCGUGGCAAUGGCGCUCCUCCCAAUCCCCAAGCGGGGCGCCCUCAGAGUAAUCCCUUCGGCGGCGGCUCCGGACGCAUCCCAAACACUUUCUCCACACCUCAGAGCGGCCGCGUCCCAAACGGUCCAUUUCUGCCCGGGACGGGUCGCUUCCUGCCGCCUUUAGAGAGGAAGUUACAGUUUCCUUUUAAGGGAAAUCCUCAGCACCGGGGUUUCCACUGGGGCCCUUCACCCAAUCAGAGAGAACUGGACACACCGGAAGGAAAGGAUUCCAUUUCCUCAUCCUCCUCUGUGCACACUUUCCAGUCCCCGCCUUCUCCGAAUAAGGGCCAGUGGCAGCGGCGUAACCAUGGAAACAGAGGACGCGGUAACCGGAACCGAUCUCGCAACCGGGGGCGAAACCCCUUCGACGGAUUCGUUCAGAACCAACAUGAGAUUAACGAAGAGUGCCAAGACGGUGCAGAGUCGCACCCGAGGGCGAAGUACACUUGGUACAACCCAGGCCCGGUUCAGGACGGAGUCCAACAGACCCAGCAGAGCAAGCAAGGCUUCCAGAAACACCAGAACCCGUACUACUACGUUCCCCCCCGGCUUCAAUCCUCACCGCCCGAGAAGAUCCAGAACUGGUCUGGAGAGAGUUCUGCUCCUAUGAAUGCUGCCCCACCCAUUCGGCAUGACAUCACCAGCCCUAUGGAGACCUGAUUGGUUGAUUAGUGUGACAGGAUGUGACAUAGAAGAAUCUGUAAUGUUGAAAAAGAGAGGUUAAAGAAAGUGUUCCGUCGGACUUGAUGUGUAAUGUGAUUUUUUUUUUUGGUUUGUGAUCGUUUUUGCAGUGGAGACUUAAAAAAAAAAAAACAAAUGCUGGAAGUGAUUAUUGAUUAUUUUAUUACUAAUUCAUUAUAAUAUUUACUCUGGGGAAAACACUACACACUGUUCAUCGCACAUGAGCUUGAACGGUUUGCAUAUCAGUGCAAUGAUAUAAUUUUUACACGCAAACCGUGUCGAAAGAGGGGUUUUUUUCCCGCUUCAGUGCCUACAACGCCUACAAUCCUUUAAACUUUUUAUACGUGGGAGAGAACGACAUGGGGGACAAGUGUGCCUUGUGUCACGCAGUGCGGUCGUUUUUACAAGGAGUUGGGAUUCUUACAGAUUUUGUAUAUUUGGGAAAAAUAUCGUAAAAAAGAAAAUCAUGUCUACCUUGUAUGACGGAGUGAGUUUUGUGCCAAAAAAAUUAACCGUCAAACUUACUUAAUUCUUUAUUACUCAACUGCCCCCCCAUUUUAGGAAGAGGGCAGCCGUCAACUCAAAUGUCCUACGCUAUGCCCAUUUAACAAGGAUCUGCCUCAAAUGAAUGUAUUUAAGCUACACACAAGCUUUUUAAUUUACUUAUUUUGCUCACCAUCCACACUGUUUAGCUCCGCCCCUUUCAACUAUAUGUAUGUAGAACACUAUUUCCCUUUCAGUUCUAUUAAACCACUUCUUACUAUGACACGGGUCGAGAUGCAACCUACCUGCUUAUGUAAAACUACACUUCCUUUAUGUUCAGUGGGCGUGGCUUGGAGUCACAGUUUAAUUCCAAUUAAUGUGUAUACUUCUCACUUAAUUGUUUUUGCCACAAAAUUCACUCUGUAUUGUGCCUGCUGAGGAAAAACAAACUUACCAAAGAGGCUUUGAGGUCAAAAGUUGUCUGUUGCAGGUUCUGUGGUGGACGCCACGCCCGAAUCUCUAGCUCUUUAACUAAAUAUUCUAUAACUUCUGUUUUUCCUUCUAUAUUUUCUCUCCCCAUGCAGUUCUUUUAGCUUGAAUGUUCUUUCCUUUUUCUCUUCCAUAGUGUUUGAUUAUUCAUAACAAACCCUUUAUCUUUAACUAUUUUAGAGGGGUUUUUUUUUUAAACCUGUGGCAAGAUGAUCUCAUGACGAUGAUAUGCAACGUAAACGUUUGACAAUUAAAGGACUUAUGUUAUCCGA